UGUUUUUAAGAAUAUCGCUGUGUCUUUUACAAAUCAGUAUUCAUUUAAAAGCGAAUUAAAUAAGACGGUGUGAAUUUUUUUUUUCGAAAAACAGAAGAAAAAUAAUUUGUGAAAAUUUCAAUAAAAAGCAAUUAAUUUACGUAAAAAAUACCUAUUUGUACUAAACUAAACGUAAAUAGUUUGAGAAAAAUUUACAAACAAAAUUAAAAUUUUAUUAUAAAUAAAAAAAAAAAUUGUGAAUUUUGUGGAAUUAAAUAAAUUAAACCUUUAUAAAAGUUUUAAAAUUAAAUAAAAGUUAAUAAAAGUUGGAAAAAAAAUUUAAAAACAAAUUUUUUUCUUUGAAGUAAUUGGCGGAAAAUGUGUUCAAAUUAAAAUGAUCUCAUUGGUUUAUUACAACAAAUAAUUACUAAUAGUGCAAAUUUUCUAUAACAACAAAAAAAAACUAAAAUAAUAAAUUAAAUACAUAAAUUAAAAUUAUAAAUAAAUAAUUGUCCAUCAUUAUUACUAUGGUUAAAAUAAAUUUGUUCAACACGGUUUUAAAUUAAUUACAAUAAUUUCAAACAAACAACAACAACAAGAAAAAAAAAACAAGAAUCAAUUAUAAAUAAAUAAAAUAAUAAUAAAUUUAGUUUACAUAAAUCUUUUUAAUAUAAGCAAAUAAUAUUGUCAUCAUAUAAGCAAAUAUUGCAAUAAUAAAUAAAAUAAAAUUUUAGACCAAAAAAUAUAUGAAAAAAAAUUAAGCAAAAAAAUCUGUAUGCUAAUGAAUUGCUGUUAAAAAAUUGUAACCUAUUAAUUAUAAAUAAAAUGUAUAAUUAAAAUUUAUUUUUUUAAUUUAUGUAAAAAAAAACCCUCUCAACAAUAUUAAAACACAUCAAUAACCAUAAAGACUUGUUGAAAAAUUUAUCAGCUCAACAACACCAUUAUUCAGCGAGCAAAUAAUAAAAAAUUAAACAAAAAAGUAUUUGAGUUUUAAAAUUUUACAUUAUAAUCAAAACAAAUUUUUCAAAAGUAUUUAAAAAUUGUAUUAAAAAAUAACAAAAAAUAAAGUAAUUUUUAUUACAAAAAAAAAAUCUAAAUUAUUUUAAAAUUUUUUCAAAAUUUUCUUAAACAUAAAAAUAUAUUAUUCAUCAUUGUGUUCACUAAGUGCUAAAUACAGUCUUAAUUAAAAAAUUAUAAAUAUAAAUUAUUACCAAGAUUAAAAGAUAUAAAGAAAAUAAAUAAUAUUUUCAAAUAAAUUGUAUUUGAAAAAACACAGCGUAGCGUGAUCACUAAACACAAGCAUUAAACAUGAAUCAUAAAAUUAGCUGGGAUUACAUCAUUUUCUGGAGCAGCAUACUCACUUUUUUGGUGCUCAGCCAUACAGCCAAUGGAAUAUUAACAGAUUCGAAUGAUCUACACUGCACACACAUACAAUGUCCCACAAAAUGUCCAGCGGACAGUUACCUCAAAUCCUCACUCGACGAUGAGGAUGAAGACUUUGAAGACUAUGACGAUGAGCUGUUAGGUCACGAUCCCUUUAUAGAAGAAAUCGGUCAUUUUGAGGAAUUGCCACCCGAAGUUGAACUACACGACACACACUUGCCCCAACACAUUCUAAAAGAGAGACAAAAACGAGAGGUCUUCUUUCAAGAAGAAAUCGAAAGAUGUUGUGAUGACCAGAAAUGUGUCUGCAAUACAUGUGAAAAUGUGCCCAAAUGUGCUGAAGGUCAUGUGGCCAUAGAAGUUCACGAAGGCCAGGGAGUACCGGGCAAUUGUUGCUCCAUCUACAAAUGUGUCAAAAAGGAGGAGUGUAAAUUGGGUGUCAAGCAAUCAUGGUGGACAAGUAAAUGUACAAAAUGUUCCUGCUUUGGGGAGAGUGAAUUGUGUAUGCAGAUUUGUCCCGAAGAGGAAAUUUUACAAAAUUGUUACUCUGAGUACUUACAAAAGCCCAUGAUGAAUGGGGCAUUUUGGAAAGAAGGCAGCUGUACUAGUUGUUCAUGUAAGCAAGGCGAUAGAAGAUGUGUUAUACCCGGUUGUCCCAAGUUGGCUUGUAAACAUACCACAACGCUUGAGGACGAAUGUUGUCCCACGUGUUUAGAUGAUGAUGAAACAGAUGAAAGACCAGAAAUUGUACACAAUAAUGCAGAAGACAUUGAAGAUGUGGCAGAGGAAUAUGCCACAGAAUCGACCACCAUUGAUACUCCUAUAAUUAAAUUAAACGAAGAUCAUAAUUCGACCAUUUUUAUAGACAAUUCCAACUUCCCGGUGAUCGAUGAUUCCAUAAUUAAUGAAAGCCAAACAACUUCUCCCGAAUUGGAAUUAAAGGAAUCUUCAACUGUUUUCAUUAACCAUGAGACUUUAGAAGAAAUUUAUUCUACUUUCAAGCCAGAAACUGAAGAUCUUCUUAUGCACAGUUCAUCAAAUACAGAAAAUGAAACGUUUGUUUCAGUGCCAAAAUCAGUAAUAAACUCAACUUUGAUUUCGGUUUUAGAAAAUAAAACCUCCACAGAACAGCCAAUAUCUGCUGUAGAACAGAAUCUACAUUCUUCGCUUGAGACUUCAACAGAAGUGCCAAAAUCUGCAGAAGAUUCUUCUCUCGAGACCUCAACAAAUGUUCCAAAAGCUGCACUAGAUUCUUCUCUUGAGACUUCCACAGCAGAUUCCUACACUAUAGUAGAAGUACCUUUACCUACUAAUAGCUCAACUACAGAAGUUGCCCAAAUCGUACAGGAACUAGAUGAAGAUUAUUCCACAACUGAAAGUACAAUUACAGAAGAGACGAAAUCUAAAGUUAUGAUGGAAAUUGAACAAGAUCUCUCCUCAACUGUUAGUACUACAGAGGAAGUUGUAACAUCGCCUGAUACUAGUGUAACCAAAACAACAACUGAAACUCCAGAAGAAAGUACCUCAGAAGAGACAACCGCCCCUGAAAGUUCUAUAACAAAUACAACAGAAGAAAAUCUGACCACCACUUCUGCUAACUAUAUUGAAGAAUCAUCCAGCAUUGCAGGAGACAUGCUGUCAUCCACAGUUUCCACCACUGCUGCUCCUAUAGAUUUUGAAACUACUAAAGCCUUAGAAUCCUCCUCGGAGAACAAUCAUAUUUCUACUACUACUUAUCAACCACCCGAAACUACAGCGGCUUACUCAAUUUCAUACUCAACUUCAGCGGCCACCGAAUCCUCUGAGUCUCAAGAAUCUAGCUCCAGCAUUAACACGAUCUCAUCUCCUACAUUACCUAAGACAACAACAAAUACUCCCCUAGACUCAACUUCAACUGAAACCUCAACACAACAAGCCUACUCAUCAUCCUCCUCCACCUCAACAACUUCUUCACCCUUUUCCACCAACCAAGACGACUCUACAACUUCAGUAACUGCAGCAUCCUCCAUUUGGGAAGAAUCUACAUUAUCUUCAACUACCACAGCUCCCGAACCUCUAAAACCUUUGUAUCAACCUUAUGGUGAUUUCAACACUGAAGAACGUACACCCAGCACCCAAAAUCAAAUGCGCAUUAUUUUCGAUGAAAUCGAUUAUGUGGUCAUGAUUGUAUUAUUUAUAGGUUCCCUCUUGUGUAUUUCUUUGGGUUUGAUUAUACGUCAUACCAAGAAUCGCAAGAAGAUGUAUUCGAGCAUACCGAAUUCGGAGACAAGUCUUAGUCAAAAUUCGACUAAUACCGUAAUGACGGUGUAAGAUGUGAUAUGUGGAACUGGUUUAACCUUAAAUGGACAGAGCCGCGAAGAGACGUAGAAAGAUAUUAGGCACGAGAUUUUAGAUGUAAAGUGAUUGUAUGGGAAUUUUAAAGGGCCAGGGUAAGAUUAUAACAGUUUAAAUUCAAGCAAGGUACCAGGUUUAUAAACUUAUUUAUAAUCUAGUUUAUAAACUGUUAUAAAGUGUUAU